UUGUGUGGGUUGUUUCUCUGUUGGUGCAGGGGAAAUUUGAGAUUCUGAACAUGGACAUGAAGGUGGGGACAACCCUGAAGAUCAAGGGCAAGAUCGCAGACUGUGCUGAUGGCUUUGUGAUUAAUCUGGGCCAGGGGACAGAUAAACUGAACCUGCAUUUCAACCCACGUUUCGAUGAAUCCACCAUCGUCUGCAACACAUGGGAUGACAACUGCUGGGGGCAGGAGCAACGGGACAGUCACAUGUGCUUCACACCGGGAUCAGAGGUCAAGCUCCUCGUGACCUUCGAGAACAAUGAAUUCAAGGUGAAGAUGCCAGACGGGCACCAGUUGACCUUUCCCAACAGGCUGGGCCACAACCACUUGAGAUACCUGAGUGUGCAGGGCGGGUUCAGCAUCUCCUCCUUCAAGCUAGACUGAGGGCAGCACCUCGCCAGAACGCAAGACCCCGGAGCGGAUUCCGGCUCCUGACUCCCAGCUACCUCCAGUCACGCGGGAUCAGCAGCCCUUGGGUCCCCCGCUUCCCAUCUGCUGUUCCUAACCCUCUGCGCUCAUCCCCCAAGG